AUGGCGGGUUUAAGGGAAGAGAUAGCAGCAGUCAGAGACUUUGUAAAAAGUCUACAACCUCCGAGUCCUCCAAUGAAGGACUUGUGGGAACAAGAUGGGUUCGAUCACAAAAUCAAACUGAUAGCCCAGCAACAAGCAGAUGGGGAUGACGAGCUUCAGCUUCUGAGACAAGAGAAUAGGUCCCUCAAAGAAGAUGUCAACAUGCUAAAAUGUAUUGUAAUAAAUCUGGAGAGAACACUAAUAAAAAAUCAAAAUGAUAUAAUCGAUCUCAAAUCGAGAUCUAUGAAACAAAAUAUUUUGAUACAUAAUCUUCCUGAAGAAGAUGACGAGGAUCUAUUCGUUAAAAUCCAAGAACUUAUCAAGACGCAUUUUAAAGAAGAAACAUCUUUUGCGAAUAUUCACAGAAACCGUCCAAAAAUACAAGGAAAGGCAAGAACCAUCACGGGGAGACUCAACAAAUUCACGGAUAAGGACUUAAUCUUACAGGCUCAGAGGGAAAUUAAAAAUCAACGUGCAGAACAAGCAGAUGAAAAUAACCAGAAUUCUUCCGAGCAACAGAAUUCAACUUUCUUCAUUACCCCACAAACUCCAAUCGAAAUAUCAGAAAAUAGGAAAAAACUACUGGAGUUGCACAGUAAAUACUGGAAAGCUAACCUCAAGACACGCAUUAUCGGAGAGAAACUUGUAUUUCCAAACGGAAGCGUACAUAGAGACAAAGUACAAAAACCAAAAAUAUCAACAGACAAGGCAGCCAGAUGUAAAAUUGUGUUUCCACAGUAA